AUGGCGCCAACUAAAGGCUCUGCCAAGGGCAAGGCCGACUCGAAGAAAAGCAAUCCCCUCGCCUCCGCGUCGAAAGUGAGCAAGAAGAAGGCCGCCAAGCGCCCGCCGCCACAGGAAGUCAAGUCCAAGGCACGCACCGAAGCGUCGCAGUUGAAGAAGACAAAGAAGAGAGAGUAUAGCGAGGCCGAGCUAGAUCUCCCGAAGCUUAACUCGAUUACGCCGGUUGGUGUGGUGAAGCCCAAGGGAAAGAAGAAGGGCAAGGUUUUCGUUGAUGAUCCGGAGGGUAUGGCGACUAUUCUUGCUAUUGUCAAUGCGGAGAAGGAAGGCCAGAUCGAGUCCAAGAUGAUGAAGGCUCGUCAGUUGGAAGAGAUUCGGGAAGCCAAGUUGAAGGAGGCUGAGGCCAGGCAAGCGCAGAAGAAAUCCAAGCUGGUAGGUUGA